AUUACAAUAAUCAGGACAUUUUUCAUCGAAAUAAAUACAACGAUAGUCUCGGAUUCGUUAUUCAGUGUGAUAUUAGUUGAGUAUUGUUGAAGACUGAAAACGGAUCUACUACAAUUAAUUUAUUUUCAGCGUUUAAUCACAAGGAAAUAAAUAUAAUGGCUGACCACAAAGAAGAAGUUGUGAUAUCAGGAAUCGGAGGAUUGUUCCCAGAAAGCAAUAAUAUAACCGAGUUGACCGAUUUGUUGUUUAACAAAAUAAACGGAAUAACAAUUGAUUCAAGGAGAUGGACAUCAAAUCAUUUGGGAGGAAUAAAUGGAACUGGAAAAAUAAAAAACCUCGAAAAAUUCGAUGCCACAUUCUUCAGCAUUCAUCCAAAACUUUGCAAAGUUAUGGACUUAUUGACAAGAAUAAGCUUAGAAAGAUCAAUCGAAGCAAUUAUCGAUGCCGGUUUAAGUCCAUCGGACUUGCAUGGAACAAAUACAGCGGUAUUUAUGGGAUCUGCAAUUAGUGAAACGGAAAUGGCAGCCAUGAGCUCCGAUUCAAGUUUAUCAUUUUCAAUGUUAGGUCGUAGCAGAACAAUGCAAGCAAAUCGGCUUUCUUUCAUUCUCAAUUUAACAGGUCCGAGUUUUUGCAUGGAUGGAGGAUGGAUAUGUGGCUCUAAUGGUUUGAAAAAAGCGAAAGAAAUGAUUGAAAAUGGUUUCAUAUCCUCUGCAUUAGUGGGCGUUACUAAUCUAACUCUUCGACCUGAAAUACAAUUUCUUUUUGAAGGAUUAAAUAAAUUAACCAAAAGUGCUCAAACUAAACCAUUCAGUUCUGACGCUGACGGGUAUAACAGAUCAGAAGCUUGUAUUGUUUUGUAUCUCCAAAAAGCGUCUGAAGCCAAACGUUCAUAUGGAACAUUGUUGAAUGUAAAAUCUAUGCAGUUUGGUAAUCAUAUUGAAAACAUAACUGACCACGAUGGAAAUCACUUUAAAUCAUUGCUGUUAGAUUCUUACAAAGAAGCUAACAUUGAUCCUGCUACAGUUGAUUUCAUAGAAGCUUAUGGAUCUGGAAUUAAAAGUGAAGAUGCUAUGGAAUUAAAUAUUAUGGAAGAAGUGUUUUGCACUGAAAAUAGAAAAACACCCUUAAAAGUGGGUUCCGUGAAGAGUAACAUAGGUCACUGUGAAGCGUCUGGUCUCUUUAUGUCAAUUGUAAAAGCCAUUAUUACAAUGGAAAGUGGAUACAUACCACCUAACCUAAAUUACUCAGAGCCUAAUAAUAAUGUAGCAGCAUUAAAAAACGGAAAAAUUCAAGUUAUUACUGAAAAGACUCCUUUUGUUGGAGACAUAAUUGGAAUCAGUUCAUUUGGAAUUAUAAAUGCAUUUAGUCAUGUAAUUCUUAAAAAAAAUAAUAUCGUUAAAAACAACAACGUAAACGGCCACGACUCGAUCAAUAUUCCACGUUUAAUAUUAGCAUCAGGUCGUAAUGAGGAAAACGUUAAAGAGAUAUUACACAAGAUUAAAAGUCAUGGAAAUAAUGCAGAUUUUAUAACAUUGACGAAUGACGUGUUCGGUAAAAAUAUCAAUGCUCAUUUCUACAGAAGUUAUACUAUUUUUCCUAAUCUGGAUGAAUCCCGAGCCGAUGAUAUUUGGAAUGUUAUUUCAACAAAACGUCCGGUAUGGUUUAUAUUCUCCGGUAUGGGAUCACAAUGGCAUGGAAUGGGCACAGAUCUUAUGAAACUUCCAGUUUUCGCUGAUGCUAUAAAUAAAUGUGAUAUCACAUUAAAGCCUCUAGGAGUCGACAUCAAAUACAUUUUAACCAGCCAAGAUCCAAAAAUAUUUGAUAAUAUUCUUAAUUCUUUUGUUGGAAUUGCUGCGGUUCAGAUUGGAUUAGUAGAAGUUUUGAAAGCAUUAGACAUUAUACCUGAUGGGAUUAUAGGCCACUCGGUCGGAGAAUUAGGGUGUGCCUACGCUGAUGGUUGUUUUACGGCUGAAGAAAUGAUAUUAUCUGCUUACGCCCGAGGUCGAGCUUCUUUAGAAACAGAACUUAUUCCUGGAAUGAUGGCCGCAAUUGGACUUGGAUACGAUCAAAUCAAAGACAAGCUUCCACAUGACAUUGACGUUGCUUGUCAUAAUAGUGCCACUAGUUGCACAAUAUCGGGUCCAGUUGACAGCAUCAAUGAGUUUGUGUCAGAAUUAAAAUCCAAAGGUGUCUUUGCAAAAGCUGUCAAUGUUGCUGGCAUUGCAUUCCAUAGUAGAUAUAUUCAAUCCGCUGGUCCGACUCUGCUUAAAUAUUUGAAAGACGUAAUCAAAGUACCAAAAAAAAGGUCUUCAAGAUGGGUUAGCAGUUCAUUGCCGGAAACAAAAUGGGAAUCAGACCUCGCAAAAUAUUCUUCACCAGAAUAUCAUACAAACAAUUUAUUGAGUAGUGUAUUAUUCGAAGACGUUCUAAAACACGUUCCAAAUGACGCGAUUACAAUUGAAAUUGCUCCUCAUGGCCUCCUUCAAGCAAUUAUAAAAAAUGCAUUACCUGAGACAGUGACAAAAAUACCACUGACAAAGAGAAUGUAUGGAGAUUCGAUUCGAUUCUUACUUACUUCUAUUGGAACAAUGUAUACUAAUGGAUUAAACCCAAAAAUAAAUGAACUAUAUCCAAAAAUAACUCUCCCUGUAAGUCGUGGAACACCUUCAAUUUAUAGCUUACCAUUUUGGGACCAUUCUGAAAAAUGGACUGAUGGAUUCAAUGACUAUAUGGAUGUGCAAUCUGGUGAAAACAUAUCUGCGUUAGUACUUAAUGAUAAUAUACAUUUAGUCAGGUAUCAAAUUCAUGGUCAACACAUAAUCCCAUUUUCGUUUAUAUUAUUUAAUGUUUGGAAGACUUUUAUUCAAUUAAACGUUUGUAGUUUGUACGAAAAAUCGAUUCAAUUUAAAAAUCUUCGGUUCAAAAAUAAUGUAAAAAUGCAUCCAACUGAUUCUUCUGAAAGCUAUAUAAUGAUUCAAUUGGGAUCUGGUAUUUUUGAGUGCAAUAUUGAUGAUGAGAUCGUUUUAUCAGGCGAAAUAAGAUUUUUAAAUAAUACAGCCUUAGGUUCUACAAAAGAAAAAUUAAUACAUUUAGACAAAACAUCAAAUGACUUCCAAGGCUAUAUAUCGGAAAAUGAAAUAUAUUCUAUUUUAAAAAAAAAUGGAUUAAAUUUAGAAGGAGACUUCAAAAACAUUACAAAUUUUGAAAUUUAUAAAAAUAAUAUACAAUGCUCCGUAAAAUGGAGAAAUGAUUGGAUUUAUUUUUUGGAGGGGUUAUUUCAGUUUCCAUUUUUAGAAAAUUUAGGUACAGGCCCCGUAAAAAUUCCCGUUUAUAUAAGAGAAUUGUGUAUAAAUCCUGCGUUAUUUGAAAAUCAUUCAGAAAAAGAUAUAAGCGUAAAUUACAACAAACUAACAAAUGAAGUGACUUGUGAUGGAAUUAAAAUAUUAGGUAUUAAAAACGAUUCAACAUCAUUGCCCAAACUUAAGUCUUCAGAAUUCAAAUUACAAGAAAAAUUAUUCACUAAAUUCAACUACUCAAAAUGCAAAAAUAUAAGUGAUUUUGUUCAAGAUUCUAUGGAUAUUAUAAUGGAGGCUGAUAAGUUAAAUGUUGAUACAAGUGGAAAAAUUAUUCUCAGUACACCAUACCAUUACGAUGAUCCAAUAGCUAAAGCAUGUACAAAUGAAAUCAAACAAAUUAUUAUAAACCAACAAUCUAUAAAUAGUAUUACGAUCAACUGGGAUAACAUUAAGGAUGUAUCAGAUUUUGAUGAGUCUGGAAGGUUUAUCACUAUAACCAAUGUAAAUUACUUGCAAGAUACAACGAGAGCCUUAGCAAAUAAAAAAAAUAGUUUUAUUGUUGUAUGUUCAUCAAAUAAACUUCAAGAACUUAAAGAAUGGAAAAUAAUCAUGCAACAAGAAUUCAACAAUAACAGUUGUUUAACAUUGAUGAAAAAGAUUGUAAAAUUAGAAGAAAAUAGUAUAUUUAUCGAACCAAUCAAUGACAAUUACGAUUUGAGCAUUUGGAGAGCACUAGAUAAAUAUAAAUCAUCAACAGGCAAGAUUUAUAUAAUUUCAAAUUCUGAACCAUUAGAAGGCAUCACUACUCACGUUGAAGGAAUUCUACAAAAGUAUAAAUCAAAUAAAUUAAGGUUUUUGUUUAUAUUGGAUUCAAACGCACCAGAUUUUGAUUCUAACCAGACAUUUUAUACAAAUCAGUUAUCAAAAGAUUUAAUAGUAAAUAUUUAUAAAAAUGGCGGUUGGGGCUCUUAUAAAAAAAUUGUUCUUCAAAAUUUAAAAGAUGAUGUGAAGGUUAACAAAAAUAUAAUGCUUAAAAAAUUCAUCGCAAAUACUAAAAACAAAUUAAAAGUGAAAUAUCUAGGGUUGAAUUUCAAAGAUUUGGUUGUCGAAGAAAACACCGAGAACGAAUUUGGACCUUUGGAAUACUCAGGGUAUAUUGAUAAUAAAACCAUUAUGGGAAUUACUUCGUUCGAAAAAAUAUCUUCUCAAAUGAUUUAUGAUCCAUUAUUAUCAUGGCCUAUACCAUCGACAUGGUCACUAGAAGAAGCAACCACUAUUCCUCUGGCAUACGCAAUGAAUUAUUAUAUUUUUAACAUUUUGUGUAAACUUCAAAAAGAUAAUUCCGUUUUGGUAACUUCUGGGUUGCAUCCAAUAGGUCAAGCUGCAAUUGCAAUAAGUUUAAGUAUAAAGUGUGAAACGUACGCUAUUGUAAACUCACACCAACAAGCAGAACAAUUAUCUAGUAUCUUCCCAGAGCUAUUGCGAUCAAGAAUACUUGUGAACACCAAUAACAAAUUUGACGUUCAACUAAAAAUGAUAACUAAAUCCAAAGGAAUAGAUUUUAUAUUAAACUUUUUGAGUGGUAAAUCAUUUGAAGCUUCUUUUCGUACAUUAGCUAAGCAUGGAAGUUUCUUUAAUUUUUCAAAAGCAGAUAUGAAAAAUCAAAAAUACUUAGGAACACGAAUAUUUUUGCAAGACAUAUCGUUUUUCGCUGUCGGUUCAAACAAUUUGUUAAACGAAAGUGUAGAAAAUAAACAAAUUGUAAGACAAGCACUUAUAGAUGGUUUGAAUGAAGGCGUGAUAAAGCCCUUCCGUAGUCAUGUGUUAACUACAUCAUUUGGUGAUAGUAAUAUGUUCGACUUAAUGAGAACUAACUCUGCAUCGAAUACUUCUGAAAAAGUUAUAUUAUUGAUAAACGAUAAUAUGAAUAAUGAUGAUAGUUCCAAAUUAAAGGAAAAUCUUGAAUGUAAAUCGUAUGAAUGUCAUCCAGAAAAAAUUUACCUUAUAGUUGGAAAUAGAGGAGAUUGGCUAGACCUUGCUGAAUGGUUGGUCGACCGAGGUGCUCAAAAAAUUUUAAUCGUAGUCAAAAGGUGUUUAAUGUCAUCGACUAUGUGUAGGAAAUUUGAUAAACUCAUCUCCCAAAAUGUAUCUAUACAAAUUGAAUCAGAUAUACACUUAAAAACAAAAGAGGAAUCGCUGAAUUGGUUAAAUUUUUUGACAUCAUCGAGAGUGUUAGGUGCAUUAUUUAUAGUUAAUCAGUUUGACGAUAAAAAAAUUAAUAAUUUAAAAUACUGUUUCGAAGAACAUAAAAAUAAAAUAACUGCUACUCCGUUUAUGUGUAUACAAAGUAAAACAGAGCACAUUUGUGCUGAGCUUAAAUCAAAAGGUUUUAAUGCAUUAAAUAUAUCUUGGGACGGACGGUCCUCAGAACCGAAAAAUACAGGAACACUAUUAUACUCCCUCGAUUUUUUACUACGAAGUUCAAACACUUCAGAGUCUUCUUCAUAUAUAUGCUCCGAGGAAAACAAUACAUCAACAUGGUCACAUCAAAUGAACGAUGUUAUUAAAAGUAUUUUUCCUGAAUCUUCUAACGAGUUACAUCUUCUUAAUAAUAAAAUAACAAAAGAAGCCGGAUUUAUCGAAGUUGGUACAAGAAGUCCAAGAUUAUCGCAGUUGAAAUCUGUGAUACCUGUGUUUGUUGUACCAGGAUUAAAACCAAAAUGCCUCGAAUCAUUUUAUAAACAAUUUUUUUAUCCUCUUUUUGAAGCUCAAUUUCCCGAAGAUAUCAUAUCAAUUGAUAAUUUAGCCGAAACUUUAGUGAAUAAACUUAAAAGCAUUACUGAUCGAAGUUACAUAUCCAUUAUUGGCGAAUCCUUCGGCGGAAUCAUUGCACUAAAAAUGGCUCAAAUAUUAGAAUUACAAGGUAUAUUCGUUACUGUGACAUUAUUAGAAGUUGAUCCAGAUUUUUUGACUGGAUGGGCUGAACGUUUCCUGUCAAAUGAUAAUUUCACCAACAAGUUAAAUAAAAUGUAUAGUUCGCUAUACAGUGAGCUUCCUAAAUCUACAGUUCAAACGCGUGACAAUGAUUUCCAGUCGAUAAUUAUGUCUUAUCAUCAUAAAACAUUUGAAGAAAAUACACGCAGAGCUUUAAACUUUAUUUGGGUUUUAUUGCGAAAAUCAUUAGAGUCCAAGCCUCUGUCAAAUAAAUUGCAUACAAAAGUGUUGAUAUUUAGAUAUGAAAGGAAGUUUGAAUUGAAUAGAACCAAAUUGAAUGAUUAUUGUAUUAACCUGCCAUUUGUAUACAUCAUACCUAAGCCAGAUUAUAAAAGUAUGUUGGAAGACGAGGCAACGAUUGAAGCUAUAACAAAGAACGUAGCACUAUCGUAUCCAGUUGGAGUAGAAUUAUCGUUGAGUGAUAAAUAUAAAAAUUUUUACUUUAACGUUGAAAAAUAUUUAUCGAUUGAUAAGUCAUAAAGUAAAUUUGAUUUUUAAUAUUAACUUUAAAAAUAUAUACACAUAUGUUUAUUGUAAAUGGAAUAAAUAAAAGGAUUAUCUGUGUUAUACAUUAAA